AAGGAAAUCGAAAGCUGUGGAAUGAACAAAAAUCAAUGUUUCUUUGAAUCCCAUAUCUUAGGGCACAGAUGGAGCCUGGCUCUGCAGUGGGAGCCCUCUGUGCGCAAAGCAUCGGCGAGCCCGGCACACAGAUGACUCUGAAGACUUUCCAUUUUGCUGGUGUGGCCUCCAUGAACAUCACAUUAGGAGUGCCAAGGAUCAAAGAGAUCAUCAAUGCCUCCAAAGCCAUCAGCACACCAAUUAUCACUGCCCAUCUCGACAUAGAUGAUGAUCCUGAUUUUGCUCGUUUAGUCAAAGGAAGAAUAGAAAAGACACUUCUGGGAGAGGUCGUGGUACAAGGUAUCCCGGAAGUAUCUCGUGCUGUCAUUCAUAUUGACGAACAGAGUGGGAAGGAAAAGUACAAAUUGUUGGUGGAAGGGGACAACUUGAGAGCUGUCAUGGCCACUCAUGGGGUCAAAGGAACCAGAACAACAUCAAACAACACUUAUGAG